GAAACCACUCACCGCUAGUAAAGUUUCUCCUCCCCUUCGUCAAGCUUGAGGUGAUUUCCAACUUCACUUAGAUCUAUCAGGAAUUGAACAUCACUCCCAAGGAAGUGAGACAUAGUAACAGGAAGCAUCUCCAAAGAAACAGUGAUGUCAUAUCAAACAGAAGCAGUGAGUUCCCAGCCUCAGAUGACUGUAACCAGCUACACUGUCUCUCACUGGAGCUCUGAUGUCUGCGACUGUUGUGACGACUGUGGAAUCUGUCUGUGUGGGGCAUUUAUUCCUUGCAUUUUGGGAUGUAAGGUGGCACAGGACAAUGGUGACAGCUGCUGUUUGCCCUUUCUACCUGGCGCCAUGAUUGCAUUGAGAACCAGCAUCCGUGACAGAUAUCGUAUUAAUGGCUCUGUCUGUGACGACUGGGUGUUUAUGACCUGCUGUCCGUCCUGUGGACUCUGUCAGAUGGCUCGAGAGCAGAAGGCAAGAGGCUGAUUUAAAAAGAAAAUGAAGAGGAGAGAAUGGCUAAUUAAGAUGACUGGGAUUGUUGUUGUUUUUAGAAUAUUCCAAAAUAUCCAUGGUUCGUGUGAUCCUUCAAAUACAUGCAUGUAAUGCUGCAUGAAAUCAAAGACACAAUGUUAGUUAUGUGUUAUAUUGUUACACCUUACAUUAAAUCAAGAUGCAUUAUGAAUCAACUUUUUUCUCUAGUUUGAGUCCUUUCAAACUUAAAUAUCUUCCAACUGCCUACUCCAACCUUAGGGCUAUAUGAUGGUGAGAAUGAUGAUUGUUAUUAUACAUUUAUUUGUUUAAAGAAAGUAUUUAAUUAUAUCACAUGGAAUCGAUCUUACUAAUAUAGAUAUCGUACCUCAAAGUGAAAAUGUUAUUGACCAUUUCCUUGUAUCAUGCAUGCUGCAUAUCACUGAUAUUAACUAUAUGUCUCAGCGUUACCGUCUGGGCAGAACUAUUGUUUCAGCCACCAAAGAAAGAUUCGCAAAAAAACUGCCUGAUCGCUACCAUUUUGUUUAUUUAAAUGGGGAGUCAUCUCAUUUAUCACCAGUAAAAUAUGGAGUGGCACAAGGAUCCGUCCUAGGUCCCCUUCUAUUUUCAAUAUACAUGUUGCCCCUUGGUAAUAUUAUUAGAAAAUACGAGAUUAGUUUCCACUGUUAUGCUGAUGAUACUCAGCAAUAUAUCUCAAGACCAGAUGAAACUUCUUAAUUAUCUAAGCUAACAGAGUGUGUUAAAAAUAUAAAAGGUUGGAUGACCAAUAAUUUUCUCUUAUUAAAUUCGGAUAAGACAGAGAUAUUAAUUAUUGGACCAAAAAACAGUACACAGAAUCUUGUAAAUUACAAUUUGCAACUAGACGGAUGUACUGUUACUUAAUCUACAGUCAACAAUCUGGGUGUUAUAUUAGACUGCAACAUGUCUUCUGAAAAUCAUAUUUCCCAUGUUACAAAAACUGCAUUCUUCCAUCUUAGAAAAAUUGCCAAGCUACGAAACAUUUUACCUGUUUCUAAUGCAGAAAAGCUAGUUCAUGCAUUCAUGACCUCUAGAGUGGACUAUUUUAAUGCACUUCUAGGUGGUUGUCCAGCUUCAUCAAUAAACAAGCUACAUGUAGUCCAAAAUGCAGCAACUAGAGUCCUUACCAGGUCAAGAAAAUAUGAUCAUAUUACCCCAAUUUUACAGUCUCUGCACUGGCUACCUAUUAAGUUCCGUUACAAAUUUUCAUUACUUACCUAUAAGGCAAUAAAUGGUUUAGCUCCUGCAUACCUAACUAGCCUUAUACCACAUUACAAUCCAUCACGCUCCCUAUGGUCACAAAUCACUGGAUUUUUGGUAGUUCCUAGGAUAGCAAAGUACACUAAAGGAGAUAGAGCUUUUCCACAUUUGGCUCCCAAACUCUGGAAUAGCCUUCCUGAUAAUGUUUAGACACACUCUCUCUAUUUAAAUCUAGAUUAAAAACGCAUCUCUUUCGCCAAGUAUUCGAUUAA